AUAUACCCUCACAACAUAGCGUUAACACACACAGACACAUAUACAGAAUUGAACCUUAACAAUAUAACACCCAAAAAGGUAGUAGCCUCAUCAGUAAAAUGUGUGGAAGGACUGCUUGUACUUUGGCUCCUGACGAGGUGAGCCGAGCCUGCUCUUACAGAGACCGAGGUGGGCGGCGGAGACAACCCCGCUGGAAGGAUGGAGAUGCAGACAAAUACCAGCCCUCUUACAACAAGAGUCCGCAGUCCAUGGGUCCCGUUCUGCUUUCACAGAGACAUUUUGACAAGAAUGCUCCUGUGGAUGAGUGUGUAUUGACCACGAUGCGUUGGGGCUUGGUACCUUCCUGGUUCAAGGGGAAUGACCCAAGUGAGAUGCAUUACAGCACCAGCAACUGUCGCAGUGAGAACAUACUGGAGAAGAAAUCGUAUAAGGACCCCCUGUUAAACGGACAGCGUUGUGUCAUCCUAGCUGACGGUUUUUACGAAUGGAGGAAGCAGGAGAAAGGCAAGCAGCCCUUCUUCAUCUACUUCCCACAAACUGCAGGGAAAAAAGAGGGUCUUGAUGACCCCACGACCUCAGCCCUCAAUAAUGAGAAUUCUAAGACAGCGUGCCUUUCAGAAGAGGCCUCCCGUGACCUGAUAGAGGAAGGGGAAACCCCAGGUGAGUGGACUGGAUGGAAGUUGCUGACUAUGGCUGGAGUGUUUGACUGCUGGACACCUCCAGCUGGUGGAGAACCCCUUUACACCUAUAGUGUAAUCACUGUGAAUGCGUCCCCAAAUCUGCAAAGCAUCCAUGACAGGAUGCCAGCCAUCUUGGAAGGAGAGGAAGAAGUGAGAAGAUGGCUUGAUUUUGGAAAAGUGAAAUCUUUAGAUGCCAUAAAACUGCUUCAGUCAAAAGACAUUUUGACUUUUCACCCUGUGUCAUCGUUUGUCAGUAAUUCACGAAACAACUCUCCAGAGUGCCUUCAGCCAGUGGAUCUUAACAGCAAAAAGGAACCCAAGCCCACAGCCAGCACUAAGAUGAUGAAGAGCUGGCUGACUACUGCCCCUUCAAAGAGGAAAGAGACCGACACACGUGAGAGUCAGGAAGAGGAUAAACGCAAAGCAAAGACUCAGCGAAAGUCUGCCGGACCACUUCAGCAGUGGCUUCAGGGACCCAACAAGAAACAAAAAACCAAAUGAAGAGAUGAACUGGACUGAAAACUCUGCAGUGUUGAAAACACCAUUUAGAUCUGAUUUAUUCUACAUUACAUUUUGAAAGCUUUUUAGAAAAAUUGUUUCUUCGAUAUAAAGCAAAAUGUUUUAAAUGUAACAACUGUGUGAUAUGGAUAUUGCUUUAUAGUUAAAGAUUUAUACAAUAAAUGUCAGAAAUAAACACAGUAUGCUUUAUUCAAGAUUUUUAUUACCCUUAUUACUUGAAACGCAAAGACAUUUUGAAACAAUGUAGAUGCUAUGCAUUUAUCAUAUUAAUAAUAUAAUAAUGAUGAAUGCCAAUACUCCCCCCACAUUUUUUUUUUCUUCUUUCAAAGUUACAGUAUGUAAGCUAUCUUGUAAUCUAUAAUGCAUUUCAAAGUUUUAACAUAAUACGAACAGACAGUUAAAGAUCUGAUCGGUUAAAAGAAAUGUCAAGCACUUAAAUUGUUUGCCAACACGAGCAACUGGCAGUCAGAUAUGGAGAUUUACAACACAACUUUUGCCUUCCCCACAAAAUGAUUGAGAGGUUUGCAAAUAUACAAAGUCUUGUAAUAGUUGACAGUAAAAAGAAGAAAUGUACUAGCUAAUAGUACUUAGUUAUGAAUGAUAUUUAUACUUGAGAAAAAUCUCUCUCCUCUUCAGGACUGUCAGGUAGAAUGACACGCUGUCUUGAUUUGGUUCAUUCCCACGUCAAAUGUUGUACCAAAGAUAGUUGAUUACAAGACAAACCUUCAUUUCCCCAAUAAGAGCAACAGCAGGUAGCAUUAUUAGGGACAGCGCUUACAUGAAAUCUGGAUUCACACUACGUCCUCAACCUGAGCUACAACUGCAUUUAUUGUGGCUCUAAAAUGAGAUGUCUGAGCAAAUCUUCAGUUAUUGUAUAUGACAGCAAAGUGCAAAAAAAACAACC